CGGUCCAGUGAACAGACAGUAUAUACGACUUUAUACGUAUUUAUUGCCCCCAUUUCAAUCAUAAUCCCUUCCUUUUUUAUGUCAUUGUUUGCUCUUUUGACUGACGCUCCCUGUGUGUCUCAGUCUGGGGACAGGGGGGAGAGAGAGAGAGAGAGAGAGAGAGAGAUGGAGGGAGGGAAGAGGGCAGAUGAAGCAGGGGCAUCAUCGUCAGGUGGGUUUUCAUCAGCUGGGGCUGUAAGUGAUCAUGGAAGAGGAAGACAAGAAAAGCAGAAGGAAAUGGCUGAAAAGCUGAGUGCUUUUUGUGAUGCUGGGGGAGAAGAAGAGGAAGAAGAUGAUAAGAGUAAUGAGGUUGCUGCUGCUGCUGGUUUUGUUCCUGGGCCUUUGGUUUCUCUCAAGGAACAGAUUGAGAAAGACAAGGAUGAUGAAAGCUUAAGGAGGUGGAAAGAGAAACUGCUCGGUUGCUUGGAAAUGGAAAGCGAUUUGAAUGGCCAAAUGGAAUCUGAAGUCAAAUUUCACUCCAUCGGAAUCAUCUCUGAUGACUUUGGGGAAAUCACCACUCCCUUACCUGUUGCAGAAAAUCAGAUCAACCGUGUCCUGUUUACAUUGCAAGAGGGAUCUCAAUAUCGCCUUAAGCUAACAUUUAGCGUUCUGCACAACAUUGUUUCUGGCCUUAUCUACUCCAACACAGUGUGGAAGGGAGGACUUCAAGUCGAUCAGAGCAAAGGAAUGUUGGGUACGUUUGCUCCUAACAAAGAACCAUAUGUGCACACUUUGGAAGAGGAGACCACUCCAUCUGGGUUGCUUGCAAGGGGCAUAUAUGCAGCAAAGCUUAAGUUUGAAGACGAUGACAGGAGAUGCCAUAUGGAACUUCAAUACUCCUUCGAGAUCAAAAAGGGCAGAUAGCUGAAAUCUUUUGGAAGAUCCGGCAUCUUUAGAUUUAUUUCUUCCUAUUUUUCUUUCAUCCAUGAACCACACAUCUUUGUUAUAUAAGCGUUUUCCUUGUAGGGGUGAUUGAUACAAAUGUAAAACUGGAUUAUUGUUCUGUUUCCUUUGGCUUGUGACACAAAUGUAGAAUUUUGCAUACCAUUGCUGUUUGAACUUUGAACCCGUCUUUGUUUUU